CGCGACAUUAUGAAAAUCGCGGUUAUUUAACAGAAAGUGCUGGUUACCUUCAGUCUUUCUCACGGUUUACAUAUUAUCUGAAGACAUUUACAUGAUUCACCAUGCCCACACAAUUAGAUGAAAAAUCUGUGUCUAAUUUUGAAAAGUUGGAGAGACCUUCAAUGCGAAAUGUUGCUUAUUCUGUUGCAAUGGACAGACUCUUUCAGGAUGUUCACCGUGGCGAACAUCCUGAAGGAAUUUCUCCCCUUGAAGCUGUAAAUCUAUAUCGGGAUAGUCUCUCAUUACACGAAAGGAAAGAGAUUUUGCGUUACGAUAAAAUUUUCUAUGUUGGCUGUACAGCUGAAAAACACUCAGUUUCCAAUUGUUUUCAAUUUCCUGUACAAAAACCCAGCAAUCAUAUGAUAUCGCAACAUUUCAAUGACAAAAUGAAUAAUGGUAGUAAUCAUAAUAUUAAUAGUAAUAUUAAUACUAAUACUACUAAUAAUAAUAGUAAUCAUAACAAUAAUGCAGACGACAAUCAAUCAAUGUUCAAUGAUUCCGAGAACUUUUAUCGUAUUAUUCAACAUGAUCAUAUUGCUUAUCGUUAUGAAAUAUUAUCUUUACUGGGGAAAGGAAGUUUUGGUCAAGUUGUCUCCGCCUAUGAUCAUAUGAAAGGAUGUAAAGUUGCCUUGAAGAUAAUUCGUACAGAACCACGUUUUACACGUCAGGCACGUGAAGAAAUACGCAUUCUGGAGACACUAAGAGAUAUGCGUGAAUCCUAUGGGAAUGGAACAAAAAAUCGUUAUGAUUUUCCUGUGAUACACUUAUAUGAAUAUUUUACAUUUCGUAAACAUAUUUGUAUGACAUUUGAACUGCUCAAUAUUAAUUUAUAUGAUCUGCUCAAGUUGAAUAAAUUUACUGGCCUUCCAAGAGAUCGUGUUCGACGUAUCUGUUUUCAAGUAUUAAAAGCAUUACAAUUUAUUCAAAAGGCAGGUAUUAUACAUUGUGAUUUAAAACCAGAGAAUGUACUACUUGUAUGGCCACAAUCACCAGAAAGUGAGAACAAUUCGACUACCACUCAUAAUAAUCCUCAUAAUCAUAACCAUCAUUCUGGUUAUCAACAAAAGUAUCAAAAUCAUUCAAAUAAUAAUAGUAAUAAUAACAAUGAUUCAGUAUCAAAUUUACGUUCAACUUAUUAUAGUGGUGCAGAACAAAAAGAUUAUGUAAAGUUAAUUGAUUUUGGAUCAAGUUGUUUUCGUAAAGGUCAACCCUAUCCGUAUAUUCAGUCAAGAUUUUAUCGUGCACCAGAAAUUCUACUUCGUCUAGGUUAUGAUGAAGCAAUUGAUACUUGGAGUUUUGGUUGUCUUAUCGCUGAGCUAAUCAAUGGCUUACCCUUAUUCCCCGGAGAAGAUGAAGCUGAUCAAAUGGCAUGUAUUAUGGAAGUCCUCGGUCUACCGCAUCCAACACUAUUACGUCAUUCAUCACAAAUCGAUCGUUACUUUAUUGAAUAUAAAUGUGAUAAAUUGAAACCGUCAACACUGGAGGCGUAUGAUAAAAUAGGCGUAAGAGUGAAUAAAGACUCUGUCUACCUACCACGUUAUUGUUCAAUUCGUUAUUCAAUGGUUGACAAUUCACCACAACUGUUACCAGGUCUUUCAAAACGCGGUGGACAUGUUCGUGGUAUCCCUAAUAGUAUGCCAUUAUUACAAGCUAUUACACAGUCAAGACUACGUCGUUAUAAGCGUAAAGAUACACGUAGUGUAAGUAAUCUAACGACAACAGUGAAUCAUGCUGGCGGGGGGCAUAAAAUGUCCGAAGAAGAAGAAGCCUAUAUGGAUGAAGAUAAUGAAUUGGUUGUCAAUUUAGUCGCUUCAUGUUUAUCUUGGUUACCGAAUGAAAGAAUCCAGUCGAAUAAAGCAGUUGUUCAUUCAUGGUUCAAUCAUUUCUAUCAUAAUCAUAAUAAAAACAAUAGUAGUAAUAAUAACAAUAAUAAUGGUAACAAUGGUAAAUCUCAUACAGGAUUUCGUUCCCCCUUACGUGUAAGAAGUAUGGAAGUGUCGAAAUUUGUUUCGUCGAAAUUUAUGAAUGAACUUAGCGAACGUCAACUGAUUCAAGAUUAUCGUAGUAGUCGGGAGUCAUUAGGCAAAGACACCAUGAUGUUAAGCAAACCUGAAUUAGGCGGAGGAGGAGCAGGAGGGGGAGGAUUACGUAAUCAUGGCCAACAAAAAGGCUCACGAUUAAAUAUGAACACUAGUCAUUUGUUUAAUCUAGAUGUUACUGGGAAUAAUGCUUCUUUGAAUGAUUUAACGUCAGUGAGAAAUUCAUUUAUGAUUGAUGCACAGGUUAGUCCAAUCACUGUAGAGGAGGUUAAGUUAGCCCAACGUAAUUCUCAGAUUACUAUUGUACCACGUGUGCCUGUACAAAAUCAACAAAUCAACCAGUCGGAUUAUUACAGUAAUACUCUAGGUCUAUCAGAUUCACAGAUAAUCACUUCAAUAAAAGAUUUGUCACAACCAGUACUAUCGCAACCACAACCACAAACAACAGCAACAACAAUGUCGGCGACAAAGCUCAAUCUAACAUCUUCUAGUUCAUCUUCAUCAUCACUGUCGGUGUCUUCGGCUGCAGUUCCUGCUACUGCUUCAGCUAGUGGACGAGUUGCACUGGUUUAUUCAUCAAGUAGUAAUAAUAAUAAUAGUAACAAUAGUAAUAAUAACAAAAAUGGUAAUAUUGAGUCUGGAAACAAUCGAGAUGGUCGAUUAUUGGCUGCUACUACUCUCGCUAAUACCACAAAUGCUGUUACAACGAGUAAUCAGAAUACCAACAACAACAACGCCUGUGAUGAUAUAACCAUUGCUAACACAUAUAACAGUUUAUUUAAACUGACUGAUAACACGACUGUCGGGGGUUAUAGAAGCAGCGGUAGGAGUAGCAGCAGCAGCAGUAGUAGUAGCAGUUCUGGAAGUUGUGGUGCUGGAAUUAACUACACCAGUGUCAACGACAUUAAACAUCAGCAUCAACACCAACACCAACAACAACAGUCAUCUUCACCGUUAUCUUUUCAUCCUCCUUAUAAUGCCCCAGGGAUUCUCACCUCUUUGAAUGACAAGAGCUCAAAAGGUAAUCUACUAUUAAAAUCAUAUCCAACAGGUUACACAAAACCUGAUACAAUCUAUCAAAGUAAAAUGAUCCUGGAUCGUAAUAUCACUAGUAAUACCAAUCAUAAUGACAGUAAUGGUAUUGGUAUAGUUAAACCAAUCUCAGGAUAUAUUGUAAAUACUUAUACUACUCAUGAUCCGAAUAACAGUAGUAAUAAUAUGGGUAAUAAUCAUAAAACGAAAAUAAUCACUGACACGGAAUCCUCAUCGGAUAGUCCAACAUUAUUGAUCACAACUGGUGGUGGUGUUGGUGUUGGUGGUGGUGGCGGGUAUUGUUCAGCCUCUGAGUCAACACCGCAUUUACCAAGCCUAAUGAAAUUAAACGCUAACUGCACAAAUUCACCAAUAUCUAAGAUCAUUAAUCCAUCAAAUCGAUACUCUUAUUCAAAUCUACACCAGCCAUCAGUGCAACCAACACUAGCGACAUCAUCGCAGGUACAAGCACCGUUCAUCUCAUCGUUAAGGAUAGAUAAACCAUUGAAUAACAGUAUGCAUAAUAUUGUGAAUAGAUCAAAAAUGAAGUUAUCCUAUGAUAAUCAAGGUGAUGAUGAUGAUGGUGAUGAUCAGAGUGAAUUAUCGAUCAAUAAUGAUGGAGUUAAGAAACGCUAUUCUGUACCAUCACGUUCAAGAUUGAUUGAUAUACCGCAGAGUGAAUAUGAAAUACCAAUCACUGGGAAUACUAAUACUACUACUAAUAACAAUAAUAGUAGUAGUGCUGGUAGUAUGAAUGAUCGUUAUGCUAAACAAGAUCUUCAUUUUAUACCAGUGACAUCGAAUGCUUUCUCAUCGAUAACUUUAACGUCUAGUACUUUCUCUCCGUCGUCUAACACAGUGACAUUAUCGUCACCGCGUAACACUACCAAUCCGAAUGGUCCUAAUCUUUUGCACAAUUUCAAUACAAGCAAUACACCAUUACACAAUAAUAAUAACAAUAAUGGUAAUAACAAUAACGCAUCUUAUAAAUAUCCUAGUCCACUUUCGUAUCAACGAGAAUCACACCAGAGUCAAUUAGGCGGAAGCAAUGGUUCACAGUACCCUCAAGAACAACCACGUCGUUAUAUUGCUACGAAUCGAUUUUCCAGUGGUAAUUCAACUUCAAUUACGCCUAAUAAUACCAUCGCCAAUAUGAAUAAUUAUAAUAGUAAUAAUAACAGUAGUAAUUAUCGUAAAUUAUCGGAUUUCCCUAAGCCUUCUAUGGAGUAUAUUAACGCCUAUGAUCAAGUUAAAAAUAACGAUAUAAUUGUAUACAAGAAUCCCACGAAUGGUUAUCCUGCACAAUCUGUUGGCAGUACAGCUACACUGCCAGAAAUUGCUCCAAAACCUUUAAAUCGUACAAAAAUGUUAUUAUUAAGUAAUAAUAAUAACAAUAAUGGUACUACUAGUACUACUUAUAAUGAUAAUGGCAGUAGUAAGAUAAUCUAUGAUACGCAUAAUUAUGAACCAAGUAAUCCAAUGAAAUGGCGUUUGCAUAAAUCCUCAGAUAGCGGUAGUAAUAAUUCAACUAAUCUAUAUGCUCCACAACCUUAUAGUCAACCGAAUAUGAAUGAAUCAGCCUCACAGAAUGCUCACAGGAUGAUUACUCAACGUUUACCUCAACAUAGUAAUAAUAAUCAUAAUAAUAAUAGUAAUAAUGGCAGUAUGAAUUGUAUAAACAAUACUAAUGGUUAUGUUGAUCAAGUUCAACCAUAUUACACAUCAUAG